UGACGCAUGCGCACAAGGUACAUCAACGAGAAUACCUUUAAUACUACUGCUGCAGUUGCUUAUGCUGCUACAAUUUCACUAUCAGUCGGAGAGCCACACGUCAACUAUAAUCUCUGUCAACACAGCACAGCUCAACUCUAGAAACACGUCCUUGUUUUUUUGUUUUGUUUUUGUUGCCAUUUUAGCCAGCUGCUCUCAAGCUCCGUGACAUCAUGUUUACCUCCCAGACCUCGUCCUUCCAGGAUUCAAUUGACGUGGAAGAGAGAGAUGACUUUGACAACGAGGAAAUUUCUGGAUACAGUCAGAAAAUUCAUUUGAACUGCUACUACACCAUCUAUCUUUAUCAGGGCACAAGAUCUAAGGCUUCUGGGGAAAAUGGGGCAUGGAACCAGAGACGAGCAGACUCCACAACCAGUCAGGAUGACUUUAGCCUGACACUUAUUGACAGCAGCCUUCCAUCGGAGGCAGAACCUGAGCUGCAGACUUACAUUUCAAGGAGGCUCAGCAAAGGUGCCCUGCUCGGAGGCAUGAGCAACAUCGCCACUGUUGAACUCAGUAUCCCAGAGCAGGCAGUGGGCUGCUACUGCUGUCUCCUGGAGCAGGAAAGGUCUCCUGAACAGCCUGAUGCUGACGGAAACGGAUAUGUCAUCUGCUUCAUGGGCGGCUCUGAAAAAGGACUGAACUUAUUUAGAUUAGAACUUGAUAAAUACGUCCAAGGCCUGCAUAGCAGCCUGCAAACCCCAGAGCUGCAGAACCUGGAGACAGAGGUGCGUCCGUAUCUGAGCCGGUGGUACGAGGAGUCUGUGAUGCACAUUUAUCGGGUGGUGCAGCUGGUCCAGAGCAACAUCAGCUUCUUGCUGCAUGCUGCGCUGAGUCACACACUUGUGGAGCUCAAUAAUUCCGAUGAGAGGACAAAGGCUGACGUGUCCAGGUUCAUCAAAGCAGCCGGUUUACAGGGUCUGUCCCAACAAGACACAACAACAGCUUCUCUGUGUACGGCUAUCUCAGAGGACACGCACUGUGACCUGGUCAUAGACUGCUCCACCAGCCCACCCACACUCUUUAACACAGUCAGUAAUCGCUUCUGUGAUGACUGGACUCAGGCAUUUCUAAACGCUGCGGAGCGUUGUAAUCCUUUCCUGCUCAGGCAGAUUCUGGAGAACUUCAAACUAAAGGCCAUCCAGGACAUGAACAACCUGAAGCGCUUUGUGCGGCAGGCAGAGAUGAGUCACUACGCCCUGUUUCGCUGCUGCCUGUUCCUCCAGGGCUGCGGCAAUGGGGAUGUGUUGCUGCAGAAUGCCAGGGCGGAGCACAGCGACCUGCCUGAAGCCUGCAGCAUCAUCGGCGUGCUGGAGGAGUUCCUCAAGGAGCAAUCCCAGGCCCGGGCCCAGGCCUGAUACCAUUGCAAUGCCCAAGUUGUGCUGCUGGCAAGACCGGCACAAAGCAAAUCACCUGUUCAGCUCUAAACCUAAAAACACAUCCUAUGUUCUAAUCUGCUUUGGCAGAUUCAAAAUGUAAAUGCUUCUAUGCUUCCAACAACAAAUGUGUAUUUCUUUGGGGGUUAAUACUAGUUAAUUGAGAUAUGUAACAUCAUUUAUUUUAACAAUGGAGGUCAGUGGAGAUGAUGGUGAAACUGAAUUGAUAAUGUGUGCAGAUCAGUUUAGAUCUAGGUGUAGAGUGGCACAUUCCCAUCAUUUUACUCUUGUAAAUGUUAGUGCUCUGAGUGUUUCACAAUACUUUGAACCAAAUAUUAUUACUAGUGUGGAAUUAUCUAUUACUUAUUUAAUAUCCAAAUGUUUUAGUAUUGUUGUUGUUGGUACUUGUUUCGUUUAAUAAGAAACACAUUGAGAAUGCACAAAUCACUUUCAUGCAUUGCUUGUAACAUAGGCCUUGUUUGUGCUUACAUUUAAACACAAUACAUGCACUACAAUAUAAUUUGUCUCAAGAAAACUGCUACUGUACAUACAUAUGACUGAAAUGAUAUUAGAUGUAAUCCUUCUGUGAAUACAGUGUUCUAGAUAGUGUCAUUUUUGGAUAUCAUUUUCUGUUUACAAACAUCCUAAUUGCAUUCACCAGCUGAAGACUACAUUUACUAAGCAUUUGUAUAGUUUCAAAGGUUGUACAAUAUUAAUACCCACAGAAAAAAAAGUUUGAAACAGAAGAAAUUCAAAUGUAGAAUAAAAGAUGUAUAAAAGUGCUUACAGUA